GUCCAUCCAUCCAGAAUGGUUCACUACAAACUCACCUACUUCGAUGGUCGUGGCUCAGCCGAGAUCAUUCGUCAGAUCUUUGUACUUGCUGGACAGGAAUACGAAGAUGUUCGACUUACACAGGAGGAAUGGCCAAAGCACAAAUCUGAAAUGCCAUUUGGCCAAAUGCCAGUGCUGGAAGUUGAUGGCAAGAAGCUGGCGCAAUCUUUCGCAAUUGUCCGCUUCCUUGCUAGAAAAUUCGGAUAUGCUGGCAAAACUCCGUUCGAGGAAGCACUUGUUGACUCGAUUGCUGAUCAGUGGAAGGAUUUUAUGAACGAGAUUCAACCAGCGAUGAAAGUCGUUUUAGGUUUCGAGGAGGGUGAUUUGAACAAGCUUACCAAAGAAAUCCUCUUCCCAGCUCGUGAUAGAUUCUUUGGAUACAUGACAAACUUCCUCAAGGCGAAUAAAUCAGGGUACCUGAUCGGUGAUUCGUUGACCUUCGCCGAUCUUUACCUAGCUGAAUACUCAUCAGAAUUUGCGAAGAAGAUUCCAGGGCUUUUUGAUGGCUUUCCUGAGGUUAAAGCACAUGCUGAAAUGAUUCGCUCGAAUGCCACGCUGAAGAAAUGGAUAGAAACAAGACCACAAACGAAGUUUUAGAGACACCCUUCGCUAGUGCAUCAUGUAAUGAGUAGUUGUGAAUGAUAAACCUUUUGCUGAGUCUAGUGAAUUAUAAACCUUUUUUCUCUC